AUGAUCAAAAAGAGAAGCUGGAAGAACAAUGAGACUGUAGUACUCACAGAGGAAUGCAGUGCCAUCAUCCAACACAAAUUGCCCCAGAAAUUGAAGGACCCUGAAAGCUUCCAAAUUCCUUGUAUCAUUGGAGAAACCACUGUAGAAAAGGCUUUAUGUGAUCUAGGAGCCAGCAUAAAUCUAAUGUCUCUAGCAAUGAUGAAAGAAAUGAAGAUUGAAGAAGCUAAACCAACAAGAAUAGCGUUACAACUGGCAGACAUAUCAUUCAAGUUUCCCCAUGGGAUAGUAGAAGAUUUGUUAGUGAAGGUGGGAGAUUUCAUCUUUCCAGCAGAUUUUGUGGUAUUAGACAUGGAGGAAGCAGUUAAUACUUCCAUCAUUCUGGGAAGGCCAUUCUUGGCCACUGCCGGAGCCCUUAUUGAUGUCCAAAGGGUGAACUUGUCCUUAGACUACAUGAUGAGAAAUUGA